AUGGUUGACAGCAAAGUGUUGCCUACCAGUUCAGACAGAUUGCAAAGCAUCUAUACAUCCCCAGCCUAUCUUCCAGUGAGCUACAAACUUUCAAAUGUACAGCUUGCCUUUUUCCUAAAGGAGGCUAAAACGAAUCCACAGUGGAAUAGUACCAGGUCAUUGCAGCGCUUAGAACACUUUGUUGUAUUUCAGACAAAAGAACUUCCAGUAGUCAAUGCCUCUUUAGGCCCUUUCUCGGUGGAUCGGACCCUCCCCAAAGAUAUACUUCAGCCAACUAGCACAUUGGAAAUGCUAGACCGAUUCACUAUGAAUUGGAAGGUCAGAGCCUUUAUAAUUCAACAGAGGGUGCCCUCCAAUCAGCCUCUUGUCCAGGUGCUAUUCUAUGUGGCAGGCCGUGAUUGGGAUGAUUUUGACGUUGUGGACAAACUGCCGUGUGUUAGACUUCAUGCCUUUCGUGAUGAUGUCCGGGAGAUUAAAAGCUCCUGCAAGCUGAGUGGGAUCUUAGCCAUGUGCCUGGUGCAAGUUAACCUGCCCCUUGCCUGGUUUAGUUCCUCCACCUCAACUCUCGGAAGAAAGAAGUCCGUGGACAACAUGGAUACAGUUAAUGAAAAUCUUCAAGCUGAACUCUACUAUACCUUGCAUUCUCCAGAUGGAAAUGGAGAAUGCGAUGAUGCAACAUCUCGUAAAGUGAACAAUAUCCGACAGGAAGGAUCUCACCAACAACCACUGCUACGAAUAGGAAGUAUCAAUUUGUACCAACCUCCACAUGCUCAGUUAAUGCAGGAGCACAGGCUUGACAAUAAUGUGUUCAUUCGUUUACCAGAAGGACCAUUGAAACCUGGUGAGAUCCUCAGUAUAUCUGUGUUUCUGGCACCAAAUUCAACAGUGGAGCAAUUCACUCUGAGGGUGAAGGCCAAAAAGGGAGUGAAUCUGGACAACAUGAGGUCUAAAAAUCCCACGCUAUGGCAGUUGAAAUCCGAGAUCCUGAAUGGAGGAAAACAUUCCACAGCUACCGUGGAGGUGAAUCGGAAGGAAGGUGUUUUACAGAAUGAAAACAUUCAGUCCAAUGAAAUCAUACAACUGGACUUUGAAAUGGAAAAUUUCACAAGCCAGUCUGUGACCAGACGCAUCAUGUGGCACAUUGACUACCGAGGGAAAAAUCCCCCACCAGACUCGGACAAGGUGGUGACGGAACUGACUGUAAUCCAAAAAGACAUCCGUGCUAUUGUACCCCUCUCCAUGUUAUUUCCCAGUUAUGGCGACAUGAGAUUUGACAGCAAAGUGUUGCCUACCAGUUCAGACAGAUUGCAAAGCAUCUAUACAUCCCCAGCCUAUCUUCCAGUGAGCUACAAACUUUCAAAUGUACAGCUUGCCUUUUUCCUAAAGGAGGCUAAAACGAAUCCACAGUGGAAUAGUACCAGGUCAUUGCAGCGCUUAGAACACUUUGUUGUAUUUCAGACAAAAGAACUUCCAGUAGUCAAUGCCUCUUUAGGCCCUUUCUCGGUGGAUCGGACCCUCCCCAAAGAUAUACUUCAGCCAACUAGCACAUUGGAAAUGCUAGACCGAUUCACUAUGAAUUGGAAGGUCAGAGCCUUUAUAAUUCAACAGAGGGUGCCCUCCAAUCAGCCUCUUGUCCAGGUGCUAUUCUAUGUGGCAGGCCGUGAUUGGGAUGAUUUUGACGUUGUGGACAAACUGCCGUGUGUUAGACUUCAUGCCUUUCGUGAUGAUGUCCGGGAGAUUAAAAGCUCCUGCAAGCUGAGUGGGAUCUUAGCCAUGUGCCUGGUGCAAGUUAACCUGCCCCUUGCCUGGUUUAGUUCCUCCACCUCAACUCUCGGAAGAAAGAAGUCCGUGGACAACAUGGAUACAGUUAAUGAAAAUCUUCAAGCUGAACUCUACUAUACCUUGCAUUCUCCAGAUGGAAAUGGAGAAUGCGAUGAUGCAACAUCUCGUAAAGUGAACAAUAUCCGACAGGAAGGAUCUCACCAACAACCACUGCUACGAAUAGGAAGUAUCAAUUUGUACCAACCUCCACAUGCUCAGUUAAUGCAGGAGCACAGGCUUGACAAUAAUGUGUUCAUUCGUUUACCAGAAGGACCAUUGAAACCUGGUGAGAUCCUCAGUAUAUCUGUGUUUCUGGCACCAAAUUCAACAGUGGAGCAAUUCACUCUGAGGGUGAAGGCCAAAAAGGGAGUGAAUCUGGACAACAUGAGGUCUAAAAAUCCCACGCUAUGGCAGUUGAAAUCCGAGAUCCUGAAUGGAGGAAAACAUUCCACAGCUACCGUGGAGGUGAAUCGGAAGGAAGGUGUUUUACAGAAUGAAAACAUUCAGUCCAAUGAAAUCAUACAACUGGACUUUGAAAUGGAAAAUUUCACAAGCCAGUCUGUGACCAGACGCAUCAUGUGGCACAUUGACUACCGAGGGAAAAAUCCCCCACCAGACUCGGACAAGGUGGUGACGGAACUGACUGUAAUCCAAAAAGACAUCCGUGCUAUUGUACCCCUCUCCAUGGACACAGAGAUCAUCAACACUGCUAUACUCACUGGACGGACAGUGGCUAUUCCCCUCAAAGUGUUUGCAGUAGAAAUGAAUGGAGUCAUCACAGAUGUAUCACCCAAUGUAGAAUGUAAAUCAACUAAUGAGGACACCAUUAAGGUCUCCAAAGGCUGCGAUUACAUCUUUGUGAGUGGUAAAGAGUCUCGAGGCUCAAUGAACGCUCGGGUCGUUUUCAGCUAUGAGCACUUGAGUGCCCCGCUGGAGCUGACUGUUUGGGUGCCAAAACUUCCUCUGCAGAUUGAGUUGUCAGAUGGCAAACUGAGCCAAGUAAAAGGCUGGAGGGUUCCCAUCCUACCAGACAGAAGAGCCACCCGUGACAGUGAGGACGAGGAUGAGGAAGAACGAAGCAGAAGUCGAGGUUGCACACUGCAAUAUCAACACACAUCAGUGAGAGUGCUCACCCAGUUUCACACCACCUCUUCAGAAGGCACCGAUCAGGUCAUCACCAUGUUGGGGCCUGACUGGUCAGUCGAUGUGACUGACUUAGUCAGUGGCUUUAUGGAGGUAGAGGACACAAGAGUUGCCCAGAUUGUCAACAGCAAUGUAUUGGCUGGACGAGAACCUGGAAUAACUAUGUUCAAGGUUGUCUCUCCGCUAAUGGAGGCUGUACUGGGAGAAACAUCGGUGACUGUUGCUGAUGAUAAGGUGACCAUUACUGACCUCCGAGCAGAGCUUGUCUCUGGUCUGUCACUGAGUCUGGAAUCCAAUCCUGGAAACAGUCAUACUUUCAUUGCCAGGACAACUGCCCGUCAAACCCUGCAAACAAUCAAACAGGAAGGUGUCCUGAGCACAUGGAUUUUUUACAGCGACAAUACAGCAGCACCUUUAACUCUGUUUGAUGUCAGAGACUACACACUGACAGUUAGCACACUGGAUAAUAAAGUGGUCUCGACGUCCCACAAUCCUGCCUGGUCUCUGAUCACAGCAGAAGGGGAGGGUUCAGGUGAAAUGAUCAAGGCAGAACUUUUGAUCUGUGAAACAUGCCAGAAGAUCAAGCGCAAGAGUGUGUUGUCUGUAGCUCUGGUCAAUGUGAAGGUGCGUUUUGGAUCAGAAGAUGGAUCCGAGGAAGAUUCAGAAAAUAUCAAUGAAGAUUACGGACCUGAUGGGGAUAAAUUUGAAAGUGAUUCCUUUGGGCGGAGACCAAAGGACAAUUUGAUGCCAGGCACCUCAUCUUCACAAAGUGACCGUGAGGAAAGUGCUGUACGAAAAGUCAGUACAACAGCAAAGUCAAGUGUAGAAGAAAGGACAGACCCUCGUGUGGGACCAGGUAGGGGCACUGAUGGCAUGCAGGACAGUGGCGCACACUAUGAUAACACACAGUUGCCCAGCAUUCCUAUUGACAUCGACAACACAGAACUGUCUAAGGACCUGCCUAAAAUGAAUGACUUUGCAGAUCCAAAUGAUUCAACACCACGUGGUCUGACAGACUUGGAGAUUGGAAUGUAUGCAUUAUUGGGGGUCUUCUGCCUCGCCAUACUAGUCUUCCUAAUAAACUGCAUUGUCUUUGUUCUCAAGUACAGACACAAACGCAUUCCCCCAGAAGGACAGGCCAAUAUGGACCACUCACAUCACUGGGUGUUUCUAGGCAAUGGGCAACCCCUUCGUACUCAGCCCGAUCUCUCACCACAGCCCGAAAGUCCCGGCAACCCUCUUGAAAAUAUCCAGACCUGCUGCCACAGUGACCACCAGAGCAGUGGCAGCUCACAGACAAGUGUGCAGAGUCAAGUUCACAGCAGAGCAGAUGGUUCAUCUGGGAGCUCAGGAAAGGAGCACAACGAGGAUCCAUUACACUCGCCCACCUCCAAACGCAAGAGAGUCAAAUUCACCACCUUCACCACACUGCCGUCAGAGGAGCACGGACUCGCCUACAACUCCAUCCCUAUAGCUGAUGAGGAAGACAUUGAGUGGGUUUGCCAGGACAUGGGGCUCAGAGACCCAGAGGAACUACAUAGCUACAUUCAGAGAAUAAAGGAGAUUGCCUAAUGGCUGCUUUCCCUUUUGCUGCAUUUAUAUUUACGACACUUUUCACACGUACAGUUUUUGUUCUGCACACGGGGUGGGAGGCUGCGUUGCUCGAAGUCCAGCUGACCAAGAAAGCACUAUCAUAUAAUGCUUGUGUGGCAGUUUAUAAACAGUGGCUAUCGGCUACUGAUGAGGUUACAGUAAUUAAGGAUUUGCAAUGAGAAGCUGGCCAACCCUAUUGCAAAGAUUAUAACCUACCGAAGGUCGUAUUAACAAUACAUCUUAAGGGAAAUGGAAUCCCUUCUUAUUUAUAUAAAAUGACUGCUAUAGCACAGAGACAAUAAUCUGCCAAUAGUCAAGCAAAGGAAUGCUGGGAUUGCUUUGUGUAAGAACCAGAAUGCAACAACAUUGGUGUCCUGUAAAAAUGCUGGAUCUUAACUUGGAUUUUAAUAGGCAUCAGACUGUGCCACACACAAGGGAUUAAUCUGAAUGUGUGAAGCAAAGAUCAAGGCUUUAAACAAAGUGGAACAGGUUGCCAGGAACCAAAUUUAUUGCUUAACACAAAGUGUCUGUCGAAUGCAGACAACAAAGAGUAAAUUUUAAAUGUCCUAAUCACAAUUUGGAUUUGUGGUCAGGUUAAUGUUUCGGGAGUGUCCAUUUCAUCCAGAUUGAGAUCCAUUCAAUGUCAGCCGCUGAAGCUGCAUUAGCAAAUGAAUUGCUUAUAUCAGACCCAGGUACAGUUUCUGUGGUUGUUAUAAAAGCCGAAUGCUUCACACGUACGAGUGUUUAAUCAAAGUGAUGAAAAGAACAUCUUUCUCUGUAUUUGAAAAACAAAUUAUGGUGUAUAAGUUCUCAAUGAACUGUGACUGCAGCAAUCUACAAACAGUACAUCUCUUCCACUGAUCUCAUUUUGUUUUCAGGGAAUAAUUUUAAUUUAAUAUUGUAUAUUUUCAGUGCCACGUGUUGGGUAUGCAGGAACAGAAAUGUUCAUUUAUAUGAGCUGUCUUAAUCCACAGCAGUGGAAAUCAAUUUCUUUGGAUCUUAAAAGAAAAUCUCUGUGGCCAUGGGAUAUGUAAUUCUGAGGCAUUAUCGGGUAAAGUGUCUGGAAAAUUAAGACUUCUGAAAGGAAUUUUCAUCAUUUUAAAUGGAGAAACAAGCAACUGCUUCAAAUAAAGUAAGCUUAACAGAAAAUUAAGACCCAAAGGACCAUUGCCUUUAUGCAAGUGGAAGAGAAUUAGCUCACUGAGAAACGGAUGAUAAUAAUCGUUGCAUUUGAUAAAGCGCCUUAUCACGUCUUUGAGAUGUUUCAGAGCGCUUCACAGAAUAUACUGUAAAGUGGAUUGAAUGUAAAUUUGUGGGCGAAUAUACAUCCAUUUGACAGAGAUCUCUAAACUUUUGGCAGUCAUCUGCAUAGCCAUUUCAUCUGGUGAAUAAUCUUGGCCAAAUGUGUGGUAGUAAUGGAUACAACACACUGUUGACCAUUGUAAACACAGAAAUUAAAGUUAUAGUACUCCAGUGUAUGUAAAUCCUAAUUUUCACACACUGUUGUCAACCUUAUAGCAGAAUAAAACUGUGCUUAAAGUGACAAUAAAAUGGAUUGCCAGAUUUUUCAAUGCUAAACUUAGCUGACCUUAGCCAGGGCAGUAGUUGGUGUCAGGGAUGUGCUAGUGUGAGAAAGAAUCAAGCUGGCUAUUCAACCCUCCCACAACAACACUUGUAUAGUGCCCUUCACGUCGGAAAGACGUCCCACCCUCUCCUCUUCCGUGGUGAACAAUUUGCCAGCAUUCACAUUGCAGGUUCACAGAAGAAUAGUCACCUGAGCGAGUAGGGGAGAGGAACUGAUACCCAACGACUUCAGAAGAAAGAAAACUGUAGGAGUUAAUAUUAAAAAUACAACUAAACCCCUUGGAUAAUUAAGCUGAAGGCUGGAAUUGUAUUGGACAGAUCUUUUCAAAGGUUUUUUUUAAAAAUGAAAGGACAUUAUUGUCAGUGUGGAAAAACGUGACAAAGCCCUCGUGGAACUUGUGCAUAUGGCAAUAAAAUAUAAAACUUAUAGCACACAGUAUCAUAUUUCAAUCUGAUGCCCUUGACAAUCUUUGAAUAUGACAGCCAACAAUCACAAGGUAAGAAACAAGAUUGGUUUCUAUAUAUUGUAAAAUGGUGGAUGAUUUUUCUGAUUUGGGACAAGGAAAUCACUUUGAUACUGUUUUUGACAAGUCUUGAGUUUCAUAGAAGUUGGUUUACUGGAAUAAUGGGGGAGGGAAAAUGGUGUGCAUUAGAAUGUGUAAAAGUGUUUAAACCAUGUGUGGAAUAGAGGGAAUAUACAGUCAAAAAUAUUAAUAAAACAGUCAAUCUACAGAUGAAGAUGAUGAAAAAAAACUUGACUAUUUCAUUGUUGAGUAACUUCUAUUCAUGUGGUAGAGAGAGACUUCUGAAUGCAUUAAAUAUGCUACUGUCAUGUAAUUACUUCUAUGGAUUGCCAUCGCUACUUUCGCCCAGUUAACCAUUCAAUUGCCUUGCUGAAAGCACUAUAAACACAUGCAUUUUAGUGCCAUUAAUAGGGCUUCUCCAUAGUAUGUGGAGGAGAGAGCCUUGCUUAAGUCACAGUGCUUAAGUCAUGUGAAGAGUAGCCCAGGUUAAUCAUUUAGGGAGUGUGUUACAAUCUCUGAAGGAUCUUCCACUUAAUUUUCUGCAUAGCACUAAAUGCUAAAUAUUCAUGAUAACAUGGUGGAGCAACUGAGGACCCAAGUUCUGCUCAAGAUUCUUCUCCAAGAUCUAGUGUGUUUUAAUUAUAUUAUCUUUAUUAAGUGUCAGCUUGGCUCAGCAAUAGCACAACAAAGGUUGUGAGUUCAAAUGACACUGCGGGACUAUGAACUCACAUACUCUAAGCUGACACUCCAGUGCUGGGGCCGGUGUUGCAUUGUUCGAGGUACAGAUCCUUAGGGUGAGAUAUUAAACCGAGGUCCCGUCCGCCUGUUCAAGUUCUGGCCAACAAUCCCCCAAAUCAGAGUUGGCCAACUUGCAGCCCAUGGGCUGAUUAUUUUAUGCGUGGGUAAUACAGCCCACAGACCACAAGCUUUCAAUGCCCACCUGCUUCCCCCCCCCCCCCCCAAAAAAAAAUGGUCAUUCACUCUUUGGCUGUUUGUGGAACAUUGCUGUGUGCGAUUUUGCUGCUCCAUUUGCCUACAAAUACACAAACACUCCAUUUCACAGUAAAUCCUGUGAAGCGCUUUGAGGUGUCCUUUCGAGGUGAUAAGGAGCCAUACCAAAUGCAAGGAUUAUUAUUAUUUACAAGCUUCGAUCGUAAGAAUGCAGUUUGUUCUAUGCAUUAUUUCACAUAAAACCUCCAUCCUUGAAACUGCUUCAUUAAAUUUCAGCUGCGCCUCACUCCUGGGUAAUUACAGGAGAAUAAAGAAUAUUGCUACUGUAUUAAAAUGUCACAAAGCAAAGUUGCAAUUGAAAUAAAAAAAGUUGAUUAUUUUUUAAAAGUUCUAUUUAUAAGCGAGAAUAUGAGUGCAGCAGGAAUAGAACAUUACCAAUUAAAUUCCAGCCCUUGUUUUAACAAUGUACCUGUCUAUGGAUUACCACCUGUUUAAGUGACAGCAAUUUUUUUUCUUUUUAUAUAUAAAACAUUUGAACAAUUAAUAGAAGCUGUUCCAAAAGGUAAUGUGGAAGCUGGUCAGGUGUUUGACUUUAAAUGCUGUUAUGCUAAAGGUGCCGGACAAAUUAAUGUCAGUGGGACAUUGUCAGUGGAAGGGACAGCUAUGCUUACAACAAAGCUAUCGCAGAAUCCCUUACAUUGUGUGUGUUUGUGAGUGAAAGAGAGAGAGAGAGAGAAUGAGGAGCACUAUCUGAAUACCUGUAACUUUUCACUUUGUACAGUCAAAAUCUAAUCUUCCUGUAAGAAAAACUGUAUGCAUCAUAAUCUUCAAACACACAGUUAUAUCUUUGCUUCAACCCUUUUUAUUAGUUCUUGAAUAAAAGUUUAAAAAAAUGAAAAAAAAUUGCCAGCAGGACUUUUUGUUUAUAUGUAUACUAUUGCUCAUACAGGGGCAAACUGUGCGGAGAAAUAAAGCUAUUUAUUUAUACAGCAGCCAAUCCUGUAAAUACUCUUCACUAUAACAUCAUGUUAAUAAAACAUUAGGUGUAUUCUGUGGUGGGCUUGUUACAUUGUGACUUACCAAAAUGUCUGUGUCCAAAUAAAUAAAAAAUAUAGGA